AUCGGGUUUCCCCCUUUUACAUGCCUUAAGAAAGAAGCCUAAUACAACAACCCAGAUUCAUGAGGACCAAUCUGCCCAUUCAUGACCUAUUUGAAAAUCAUCAAUGCUCUUGCAACGCCUCUCUUUUUAUCGAGGGGAAAAGCCGGAAGGGAAAAGAAAACGCCAGCUUUGAUUAAUUGAAGAAGUAAGCAGUUAAUGGUUGCAGAUGCAGAAGAAUAGGCUCGGCCACCAUCUUUUAUCUCUAGCGAGACACUACUCCAGAGUGGCUCCGCCUCCACCUGCGUAUGCCGACCCAGUCAUCCGUGUCUCUAAUAACGUGGCUUACUUGGGCAGUCCUAAACAGGGUCCAAAGCCACGCCAACUCCUUUCCUUGCCCCCUUUCCCUGGUCAUCAUUUGCCCGGAAAGAACUCUGCUACUGGUCGUGUCACUGCUAUCAGCUGGCUCAAAUAUUACUUUGAUGAAAUUUCAGACUCCGCCAUUCAGUCCCAUUUUAACAAGGGCCUCGUUGAGAUCGAAUCCUCAAAUCCUAAUGCAGCCGAUUCUUUCAUAGAAAGGGAUGGGCAAAUGAAAUCCUUGAGAAAGAUCAAGCAUAAUGAGGUGAUGGAAGUAGGGGCAAGAGUUUGGGUACCUGUAUCCAUUGCGGAGACUCGAGUCUCCAAGAGAUUUGACUGUAUACCGAGUGGGACUCUUCAUCCUAAUGCUGAUGAGAUUGACUAUUUGCGAAGGCUUGUCAAGUACAAGGACUAUGCUAUACUUGUACUAAAUAAACCCCCCAAGCUGCCAGUAAAGGGAAGUCUGCCUGUGCAUAACAGCAUGGAUGCAUUAGCAGCGGCAGCUUUGUCUUAUUACUAUGACGAGGGUCCUAAACUGGUGCAUAGGCUUGAUAGAGAAAGCAGUGGUCUCCUCUUAAUGGGAAGAACUAAAGAAAGUAUAAAUCAUCUUCAUUGGCUGUUCAAUGACAUAAAUCCAGCAAAGUCCUCAUGUAAGGCUUGGAAUGAUGCUUGUGAUGCAAAGUUUCAGCGCUAUUGGGCAUUGGUGAUAGGCACUCCAAAGGAGAAUGAAGGCUUAAUUCGUUCUCCUCUUUCAAAGAUUCUUCUUGAUGAUGGUAAGACUGAGAGGGUCAUCUUGGCUCAAAAUGUGGGUUUAGAACCUUCUCAAGAGGCUGUGACUGAAUAUCGGGUAUUAGGUCCUAUGAUAAAUGGAUGCUCGUGGGUUGAACUGCGCCCACUUACUAGCAGGAAGCACCAGCUCCGUGUCCACUGUGCAGAAGCUCUAGGGACUCCUAUAGUUGGUGACUAUAAGUAUGGCUGGUUUGUUCACCGGAAAUGGAAGCAGAUGCCUCGAGUUGAUAUUGAGCAGAGGACGGGGAAACCGUACAAGUUACGAAGGCCAGAAGGUCUGGAUGUUCAGAAAGGAAGUGUAUUGUCCAAGGUUCCCUUGUUGCAUCUGCAUUGCAGGGAGCUUGUACUUCCAAAUAUUGCAAAGUUCCUUCCACUGUUGAGUAAUAAUGCAGAAACCCUGUCUCCUGGACUAAGUGGCAAGCCUGAUCUCCUGCGCUUUGUAGCAUCAAUGCCUAAACACAUGAAAAUUAGUUGGAACUUGAUGUCAUCCUAUUUAGUUUAAAUAUCCAAGAUUUCAACUUUGAUGGUCUCAUCUUUACAUUCAUUGAUUUUAUCUUCUGCUGCGACUUCAAUUUUGUUAAGAUCAUUACUAAUUUAGAUCUAGGUUUUUUUUUGUUUUUUUUUUCAGUGUGGGUAAGGAUUUUGCAAUUCAAGAUGGUUAGAUCCGGUUUGGAUUAUUAUUUGUUUAAUAAAAAAAGUUGAUUGUAAAAAUAUGUAAAUGUUAAGAUAUGAUAAUUUUUAAUAUUUAUUAUUUUAAA